CCGGAGAGGUCUUUGGAUUUGUUUUGACAAUGAUGGAGGAGGAAGAAUUUGAGUUUGCUGAGGAUUUGGAGGCUAUUCUGCAUCUAACCCCUGAGGUGCAACUAGCCAUUGAACAGGUUUUCCCCAGCCAAGACCCGCUGGACAGAGCGGACUUCAAUGCUGUGGAGUACAUCAACACACUAUUUCCAACCGAGCAGUCUUUGGCUAACAUUGAUGAUGUGGUAAACAAGAUUCGUCUGAAGAUUAGGCGCCUGGAUGACAAUAUUAGGACAGUGGUGCGAGGCCAGACCAACGUGGGCCAGGAUGGCAGACAGGCUUUGGAAGAGGCCCAGAUAGCCAUCCAGCAGCUCUUUGGCAAAAUCAAAGACAUCAAGGACAAGGCAGAGAAGUCUGAACAAAUGGUCAAGGAGAUAACGAGGGACAUAAAGCAGCUGGACCAUGCCAAGCGCCACCUCACCACAUCCAUCACCACCCUCAACCACCUGCAUAUGUUGGCAGGGGGUGUUGACUCUUUAGAAGCAAUGACAAGAAAGAGGCAGUACGGCGAGGUGGCCAACCUGCUGCAGGGGGUGGUCAAUGUGCUUGAACAUUUCCACAAGUACAUGGGCAUACCCCAGAUCAGACAGCUUUCUGAGAGAGUAAAGGCAGCGCAGAGUGAGUUAGGGACUCAGAUCCUGGCAGAUUUUGAAGAAGCCUUCCCCUCUCAGGGCUCCAAGAGACCAGGUGGCCCCAGUAAUGUGCUGAGAGAUGCCUGUCUGGUGGCCAAUGUGCUGGACCCGCGCAUCAAACAGGAGAUCAUCAAAAAGUUCAUCCGGCAGCACCUCUCAGAGUACCUGGUGUUAUUCCAGGAAAACCAAGAUGUUGCGUGGCUGGAUAAAAUCGAUCGCCGCUAUGCCUGGAUCAAACGUCAGCUGCUUGACUAUGAGGAGAAGUAUGGACGCAUGUUUCCUGAGGAGUGGUGCAUGACAGAGCGCAUUGCUGUAGAGUUCUGCAACAUCACCAGGGUGGAGCUCGCCAAAGUGAUGCGAACACGGGCGAAGGAGAUUGAGGUGAAGCUGCUUCUGUUCGCUAUUCAGAGGACCACAAACUUCGAAGGUCUUCUGGCCAAACGCUUCACAGGAUGCACCUUGACGGACAUACCCGGACAGAAGAGGCCAGAGAGCCCUCUGGACCCCACUAACCCCUUCCUGGAGGAUGAGCCAGACGAGGACGUGGGCACAGAGAAGGACGAGGAUCUGGCUAAGCCCAGGAAGCCGAAAGCUCCGGACAACCCUUUCCAUGGCAUUGUCUCCAAGUGCUUUGAACCACAUCUAUAUGUCUACAUAGAGUCCCAAGACAAGAACCUGGGUGAACUGAUUGACCGGUUUGUGGCUGACUUCCGAGCACAAGGCCCACCCAAGGCAGGCACGGAGGAGGGCGGAGCGGUCCUGCCCAGCUGUGCUGACCUCUUUGUCUAUUACAAGAAGUGCAUGGUGCAGUGCUCCCAACUGAGCACUGGAGAGCCAAUGAUCGCCCUCACAACCAUCUUCCAGAAAUUCCUGAGAGAGUACGCUUGGAAGAUCCUCUCUGGAAACCUGCCUAAAUCCAGCAGUAACAGCGGUGGCCUUACCAUCAGCAGCCUGCUGAAAGAGAAGGAAGGCUCAGAAGCUGCAAAGUUCACUGUGGACGAGCUCUGCCUGAUCUGCAGCAUCCUUAGCACUGCAGAGUACUGCCUGGCUACCACACAGCAGUUGGAAGAGAAGCUAAAGGAGAAAGUCGAUAAAGUCCUGGUGGAGAGAAUUAAUUUGACCGGGGAAAUGGAUACAUUCAGCACUGUCAUCUCAAACAGUAUCCAGCUACUCGUUCAAGAUCUCGAUGCUGCCUGUGACCCUGCUCUCACCGCUAUGAGCAAGAUGCCGUGGCAGAGUGUGGAGCAUGUGGGUGACCAGAGUCCUUAUGUGACGUCUAUCAUCAUGCACAUUAAGCAAAAUGUGCCCAUCAUCAGGGACAAUCUGGCCUCCACACGCAAAUAUUUCACACAAUUCUGCAUCAAGUUCACAAAUUCUUUCAUUCCCAAAUUUAUCAACCACCUGUUCAGAUGUAAACCAAUCAGCAUGGUGGGAGCUGAACAACUCCUCCUUGACACUCACUCCCUGAAGACAGUCUUGCUGGAUCUACCCUCCAUAGGCUCUCAGGUGCUCCGCAAGGCACCUGCCAGCUACACCAAGAUAGUGGUGAAAGGCAUGACCCGUGCAGAGAUGAUCCUUAAGGUGGUGAUGGCCCCACAUGAACCACCAGUGGUGUUUGUUGAUAACUACAUCAAGCUCCUGGCUGAUGGCAACCCUGAGACCUUCCAGAAGAUUCUGGACAUGAAGGGUCUGAAGCGCAGUGAACAGAGCAGCAUGCUGGACCUCUUCAGGCAGAGGCUCCCCACUCCACCCUCCGGAGGCGACGGCCCCUCUCUGUCCUUCAGUGCCCCCACCCCUGAGCAGGAGUCCUCCCGCAUCCGCAAACUAGAGAAGCUCAUCAAGAAGAGACUGUGAACAGACAUACACACUCACACACUGAAAUCGCAUUUUGAAAAUUGAAAAGGCAGCAGGAUGGGAUGGUCUUCACCUCUCUUGCAAAUUAUUUUCAUCUCAAAGACUUCAGUUAUCGUGGAGAAUUACUGAAAGAGCAAAAAGUGGACCGAAUUUUCGGACUGACAGUAACACGAAGCCAAGCUGAUGCUGGAUCAUAAAGAACAUUCCUCAACUGCUACUUGCUAUUGUUACACAUGUCAUUUACUACUGUAAUCUCCCACCUUUUCUCUUCAUGACACUAAUGUCUGCGCUUUGUAACAUUAGUACGUUGUUACAUAGUGUGUUUACACCCGAAUGCAGCGCUGUUAACUAAUUUCUGGCCGCUUCUCUGGGACAUGUCUAAUCCUGGAUGAUUACAGGCAGCAUGAUCUUAAUUUAAAUUGAUGUUUGAACAAACUGUUUUAAUUUCAAGUUCACCCAUUAAAGUGGAUAUGCAUCGUAGGUACCAGGAUUGUUUUUGUCAACGGUGGAUUAAAACGAAUCCCAGACUCCGGGUUGAGAGACCCCAAGUCUGGGACAAAGAGGAUCUUUGGAUUUCCUGCAUCUUCAGUCAGACAUGAGGCCGGCUUUGUCUUGGCAUUUAAAAUCCCUGUAGUUUGGCUUGGCAAUUAAAACAGGGUAUGUGACAUAAAUACACCUGCGUGCAGUCAAUCCAAAAUGUGCUUUGGUAAUUUAAUCCUCUGUCUUCUUUGCAUUGCCGUGAAAAGAAGGUUUUGUUUGUUUGUGAAAUUGCAAAAUUCUAUAUAGUUUGGCAACUAAUCUUUAUCCGUAUUUGCCAAGUGCCCCCCACAUCCUCAACGAUGGUAAGAGUACAUCACAGUUUCUGGAAGGAAAGGACAACUUAUUGAAGUCAGUGCCCUGCUCAUUGAUGCCUCUCAGUUUAGCAGGUCCUUUGGGGAUCAAAAUACACAUUCCUGCCUUCAGGUACAAAAUGUUACUUGUUUGUAUUGUCUGACUUGUAUUUAACACAGGCAAUUGUUGAACAUUAUUAAAACAUUGCCACAGA